AUUAAAUAAUCUGAAUGUAAGCAUUUUUAUGAAGAACCCUGCAUUCUCUGCUGCUCACAUCGUAUAUAAGUGGCUGAAUUUGAUAAGGCAGCUUCAGUCAUAUUAAAACUCUCUUCUGAGAAAGAUCCCAACACAUUCAAGUUAAAGAUAUUCUUAGCACGUGGUGAACAUACGAUACUAUUAGAAUGAAAUUCUUGGCUAUUGCUGUAUUUGCUGUAAUUUUAACAGUGAGCAGUGCUCGAAUAUAUGAACGCUGUGAAUUGGCCAGAGAACUCGCCAGCUAUGGAUUCCCUCGCCAUGAACUUCCAGAUUGGAUUUGUUUAGUGCAGAGUGAGAGCAAUUUCAAUACUCGCGCCAUAAAUCACGACAAUUCCGAUGGAUCAAAGGAUUGGGGACUGUUCCAGAUCAAUGAUCGAUACUGGUGCAAGGGAAGCUACAGAGGAGGAAAGAACAUCUGUGGAAUUAGUUGUGAAAAACUUCUGAGUGCCGGUUUGGGCUACCAGAUUGACUGCGUGAGGACAAUCUUCAGAGAACACGGUUUCAAGGGCUGGGAAGGAUGGAAAGCAAAAUGCAGAGGAAGACACUUGCCCAGCUUGGACCAUUGCUUCUCCCACAGUGCUUAUUACUUUACCGUGGAAUAUGAUAACAAUCUUCCGGAACUUCUCAUGCUGGGCAAUGGAUUGGACUUGAAAUUUAAAUAAGAUCAUUUCGCUAACAUAAAAAUUAUAUUUAUAUAUUUAAACCGUUCGAGAAUACUUUAAUAAAUAUAGAAAAUGCAUUGUUAU